AAGUGCUGGAUAUUGGUAAUAUUCGCUCUACACAUAAACACCAAUCGGAUUAAUUUUAUUAAAAAUAUGACAAUUUACAAUUUGUAUAAUCUUUUUAUAGAAAAUUUGAUCGAGGUAAGGAAUUAGGAGGCGUGAGUGGGGAAGCCGACCGGUGGUAUCACCACAGUUUAAAGUUGGCGUAGUUAAUUGGAUACCUGUAUGACAAUUUUAUACCAACAUUAUUUAAAUUAUAAUAAGUGAAAAAUUUAUAAAAUGGAUACGGAACAAUUUCGCAAGCAUGGCAAGGAGAUGGUGGACUAUAUUUGUGAAUAUUUAGAGACAAUAAAACACAGAAGAGUGACACCAACAGUAAACCCUGGAUGGUUAAAAAAUCAAAUCCCACUGGAAGCACCUGUACAUCCGGAGGCAUUUGAUGCAAUAAUGAAAGACGUUGAAAACAUUAUUAUGCCAGGAGUGACACAUUGGCAACAUCCAAGAUUUCAUGCUUAUUUUCCCUCUGGUAAUUCAUUUCCUUCAAUUUUAGCAGACAUGCUAUCUGAUUCUAUAGCAUGUAUUGGGUUUUCAUGGGCUGCAAGUCCUUCGUGUACCGAAUUGGAAACUAUAGUUUUGGAUUGGCUCGGUAAAGCCAUAGGAUUACCAGAAGAGUUUUUAACAUUUUCAGAAGAAGCAUCAAAAACUAUUAAUUCUGCGAGACAAGGCGAUAGCGAAACCGAAGUACACAACGGAAAAGGCGGUGGAGUACUUCAGAGUUCAGCAAGUGAAUGCAUAUUUGUUUGUAUGCUAGCAGCUCGAGCUCAAGCAAUUAAGCGAUUACGAAAACUUCACCCAUUUAUUGAAGAAGGUGUUUUACUAUCAAAACUGAUGGCUUACUGUUCUAAAGAAUCACAUUCGUGCGUGGAAAAAGGGGCUAUGAUGGCAUUUGUUAAAUUACGUAUACUUGAGCCUGACGAGAAUAACAGUUUAAGAGGGGCUACGUUAAGACAAGUGAUGGAACAAGACGAGGCGAUGGGAUUGAUACCAUUUUUCGUUUCUACUACAUUAGGAACAACGUCAUGUUGUUCAUUUGAUAAUAUACCCGAAAUCGGUCUAGUAUGUCAGCAAUUUGAAACUGUUUGGUUACACGUUGAUGCUGCUUAUGCAGGAAGUGCAUUCAUAUGUCCUGAAUUUCGGUCUCUAAUGAAUGGUGUACAAUAUGCAGACUCUUUUAACCUCAACACAAAUAAGUGGUUGUUAACAAAUUUUGAUUGUUCAUGUCUUUGGGUAAAAGAUCGGUUUAAAUUAACUUGUGCUUUGGUGGUCGAUCCUCUUUAUUUACAACAUGGUUAUGCUGGUGCUGUAGAUUAUAGACACUGGGGUAUACCAUUAAGUAGACGUUUCAGAUCACUGAAGCUUUGGUUUGUACUACGCACAUACGGAAUUUCAGGACUUCAAAAAUAUAUUAGACACCAUUGUCAACUAGCAAAACGUUUUGAAAGAUUAGUCAGAAGUGAUAAUAUGUAUGAAGUCUUAAACGAUGUGAAGAUGGGGUUAGUUUGUUUCCGUUUGAAAGACGAUCCGACAAAUAAACUAAAUAAAAAGCUCUUAGAAACCAUUAACGAAUCAGGAAAACUUCACAUGGUGCCAUCAUUAGUACACGACAAGUAUGUCAUCAGGUUUUGCGUAGUUGCAGAGCAUGCUACAGAAGAUGAUAUUGAUUAUGCCUGGAAAAUUAUAAAAGAAACAGCAGUAACAGUCGUGUACAACGAACAAGAACUCACAGAAAAACGAGAAGAGCAAGUGGAUGAAGUGUUUGAGUUAUCGGAACGUAAAAAGAAGGAUGAUUUGGCCUAUAGGAGAUCAUUUUUUGUUCGAAUGGUCAGUGAUCCGAAAAUAUAUAAUCCAAUAAUUGCUCGAUCAUCCCCUGGAUCUCGCAGACAUACUCAUUUAAGUUCAAUGGAUGAUGAUAUCCAUGAUCCAUUAUCUACAUCUACAAGUGAUACUGAAGAUACAAUGACACAACCAGCGAGUUCAUGGAUAAGUUGGCCAUUAGCAUUUUUAUUUCAAGGAGUGUUUGAUGAUAAAGAAGGCAACGAUGUUCCUGUAAGAUUUAGACAUUUAGCAACUAAAAUGCACUUUAAAUCAAAAAGUAAAUCACCAGAACACUUGGCCACAGAAGAAAACAAAUCACGGCGCAAUUCUCCAGUAUUUCCAAGGAAAUCUAGUUAUGUUAAAACUGAAAAUGAAAAUAACAUGCAAAAAUAAGAACUGACCAAAUAUAAAAAUAAUUUUUGCUUGUUUUAUUUUUCUAGCUUGUUAAUAGUUAUAAUUAAUAUAAGUUCAUGACCUCAAACGCACAAAAUAAAUUUAGACGCUUAUAUUAAAAAAGAUUAACUAUUUAGCUAAUGUUUGUAAAUGAUUAAAAAAAAUAAUAUGAUAUAUUAGGAUAAAAAACAAUAAAAUAUAUUGGUGACAAUUUCCAAGUUUAAAAUAUAUUGACAUAAUCGGUUUAGGAAUUUAGUAUAAAUGGAGGGCAAAUUCAGAAUCAAGACCAAUUAGAAAAGUUAAUAACUUAAGGUAUCAAUAAAUAAUUAAAAAUAUUGACUUCUAAUAGAUAGUUUAAUAUUAUAAGAUAGACUAGUAAUAAUAAUAAGUAUAAAAUGUUUAUUAAAUAAUGAUUAUUUAAAAAAUAAAAAAGUCUAUUAAUUAUCCCUAGUAAAUUUUUUACCCUAUGAGGCUAUAACUAUGAAAAAGUAUGAUCCAUAGGGGUCUAAAUCCCUUAAUUUUCUUAAAAAGAUAGAACUAUACAUGAUUUUUUUUUUCAAAUGUAUUGAUUCAUUAAAUAUUUAUAAUCUGCUUAU